AUGGAGUUGCUACCGCAAGACAGCGAUGAGUACAAUAGGAACAAUAACACUGAACAGUUAAACGAAGAUGGCGAUUUUAUUAAUCAAGAAAACGAUAUACAUGUGAGCAUCAUAAAACCAAUUACAAAACGCACUAUUUAUUGUGCGAAUACAAAAAAAAUAAAUGUAUUUUAUAAACCUGUUAAGUUCGUUGAAGAAAUUAAUACUUAUGUUAAAAAAGGAGAAGAGCACCUUAUAAAAUUAUAUGAAAACCUCAAAGAAUUAGGACAAAAAAAAGAUGAUGAAGUACGGUUAAAAAAUGAAAAUACAACAUUGAACAAAUUAAUUAGCCAAAAUUUGUUUAGUCAUAAAAAUAAAAAAUUGGAAAAAAAUUUUAAAAAAAAUAAUAAUACUGAGUUAAAAUUAUUUGCUCAAAAGGAAAAUGUGGUGCCAACAAUAGAAACAGUAUUUAUACCAAAACUGGAAAAAAAUAUUGAAAUAGUUAGUUCUUUAAAGCAAAAUAUGGAUGUAGACUAUACUUACCUAGUCCCUAAACCAGUAGUUAUUCCAGUCGAAGUCCCUAUAUUAAAAUUCAAAAAUAAUUUUAAAAUUGUUCCUAUAAGAAAAAAAAUUAUACCUGUCAUAAAAUAUACCGAUGAAGUUAUAUACAUGGACUGUUAUGUCGAAAAGCCUUACAUAGUUUUUGAAAAUAUUAUUACCCCCAUUCCUUUCGAUAUACCUAUAGAUGAAAAGAAAUAUGUUCAUAAAGCCCCACCCCUGCAGCACAAUAGUUGA